GUGCUUCCCAAGGUGUCAGGGAGAUACCUAGUGACUUGAGUUUUAUCUGUGAUUUCACAAUAUUAAUCACUUCAUUCAUUUCAUUUCGCAUUCACCAAAACCUUCAUAUCAAGGCUGAGUAAUCAUAGAGUCACCAACAGGAUUCCUCCUACAUGAGCCUCACUUUUCCAACUUGCAACUAUCUAUUCAGAUAAUUUCCUCAAUAUAAUUAAUUCUCUUCCCGACCUCGCCCGUUAUCUCAUCCCAUCUUCAAUUCUGAAAUCUCACAGCCCUAUUCAUAGCCCGGCACUCUAUCCGACCUCGGCCAUCUUUCGAUAAUACUUUCUACUAUCUACAACAUUCCUCCUCUUCCCUUGCAACCUCUCCAUUUCGACAACCUUCGAUCUGUGAGCUUCUUAGCUUCUUAGCUUCUCCGCUUCCUCACUAGCAACUACACUUAACAUUCUUUUCUUCUGACCAUCUACUACUUCGAGGUCAAAGCAACUACAUCUUUCUUGCUGAAAUAAAGUUUACUAUUGGGACUGAGGUCAAAUAUUAAGCAUGUCUUUAAUAGUCGAUGGCGUCGAUCUUGACGCACUCAACUACACAAUUCAUGUUCCCUACAAUGGUACCAAUGCAGCUGGAGGUGAUUCCUUAACUGAGGAUCUCAACAUCUUUUAUGAUGUAAGUUUUGCGCACAACACCCCUCAAAUUGAACCCCAAAACUAACUCGUGCGACAGCCUGGUGAUAUUGCCUGGAUGAUCACCUCUACUGCGUUGGUCUUGCUUAUGAUUCCUGGUGUCGGGUAUGUACUUGAGAAAAUAUGGAUAUCUAUACUACAGAGACUAAUCUUUUGAUCUUCAUAGUUUCUUCUAUUCUGGUCUUGCUCGUAGAAAGUCUGCUUUGUCAUUGAUUUGGCUUUCAAUCAUGGCUACUGCAGUGGUUUCUUUCCAAUGGUUCUUCUGGGGUUACUCUCUUGCUUUCUCUCACACCGCUGGAAAAUACAUUGGUGAUUUGGAAAAUAGUGAGUACAAAAUCUUCUAGAACAUUGCACAACAGUAAGCACUAACCACUUGAUCUUCAUAGUUGGCUUCCGAAAUGUCCUUGCAGCACCAUCAGUGGGUUCCUCCAAAAUUCCUGAUCUCAUGUUCGCCGUCUAUCAGGGUAUGUUCGCUGCCAUCACUGUAGCUCUUGCAGUUGGUGCUGUCGCAGAACGUGGUCGCAUGCUUCCAACCAUUGUUUUCAUGUUCGUUUGGUCAACCAUUAUCUAUGAUCCAAUUGCUUGCUGGACUUGGAAUGCCUCCGGAUGGGUUUUCAAAAUGGGUGGUCUCGACUUUGCUGGUGGAACUCCUGUGCAUAUUUCUUCGGGUUGUGCAGCUCUCGCAUACAGUAUUAUGUUGGGCAAACGUCGUGGACAUGGUACUCACGAAUUGAAUUACCGCCCACAUAACGUCACACACAUUGUCAUUGGAACUGUUUUCCUGUGGGUGGGAUGGUUCGGUUUCAAUGCUGGGUAUGUUUUAUCUAACUUCUUUUGCUUGACUUACUUUUGUGUGAUGAGACAUGUAACUUUACGUAAUGUUUCAUCGCAGAUCACUUGGAGGGCAACACCUCUUCACCGAAAUAAAGCUAACUGUAGUGUUCUUUAGUUCUGCUCUUGCAGCUAACAUGCGUGCUAUUAUGGCCGCUGUUGUCACCAACUUAGCUGCCUGUGUCGGUGGUAUCACAUGGUGUGUCCUUGAUUAUCGUCUUGAACGCAAAUGGUCCACUGUCGGUUUCUGCUCUGGUGUUAUUGCCGGUCUCGUUGCUAUUACUCCAGGAUCUGGCUUCGUUCCUGCCUGGGCUGCCGUCAUUUAUGGUGUUGUCGGAGCCGCUGGUGCUAACUAUGCCACCAAGCUCAAGUUUGUUCUCGGAGUCGAUGAUGCUCUUGAUAUCUUCGCUGAACACGCCGUUGGUGGAGUCAUCGGUAACAUUCUCACUGCUUUCUUCGCCGCCGAUUACAUAGCUCAUCUUGAUGGUUUCACCGAAAUCCCAGGUGGAUGGAUUAACCGAAAUUGGGUUCAACUCGGAUACCAACUUGCUGAUUCUGUUUCCGGUGGUGUUUACGCUUUUGGUGGAACAUGCAUUAUCCUCUUUGUCAUGAACCUCAUCCCCGGUCUCUCUCUCCGCGCUACCGAAGAAGCUGAAAUCCUUGGUAUCGACGAUGCCGAGAUUGGCGAGUUCGCUUAUGAUUAUGUUGAGCUUACUCGUGAAGUCUUGAACGACGUAUCCGAAACUGGAAGUAAAUAUUCUGGUCGCGAAAAUGCCGCCACACCUUCUCCUCGUCAGGAAAAAGAAGCCAGACAUUCGGCUCAAGAUGUGGAAGUCUAAAAUUUUAGAUCCUCAAUUUGGAUCUUUCGUCUGUCGUGUUUUUUUUCUUUUUUCUUUGUCUUUUGAUAGACGUACAGCGACUUCGCGUAGACAAUGGUCUUGAUCAACUUCUUUGAUCCUUGAUCCGUAAUUUAUUUCGGCUUUUCUUGUUUAACCUAGGUAUUACUUAGUUCUUUAUGAUUAUACAAAAUUUCAAAUACCCGU